CUGACUCUGACAUUAUUCAUUCCUCUUGUUGUAGUUGAUAAAGUAAGAGCGGAAAGAACGCGACAGGGAGAAGAAAAUACGAGAAUUGGGCCCAUCUUGUUGACGAUGAGCGUAAUUACGAAUUCCAAGGACAGCCUGAUCUCCAGUAUUUUCGGCAGCAGCAACUGUCUAGAUCAGCUUGAGGCAGAGAUGCCAACACUCAACCUUAGCAGGGAAUCAGAAAACGUGAUCCAAGAAACCAUAAGGUGCUUACAGGGAUCUAGCUUCUCGGUGAAGGACUUGUCAUCAAAUAUGGGCCAGGGAGGAAACGUGAACACCACAGUGGCACACAAUAAUGUCAACAUAUAUGCCUUGGCCAAACUUGAGAGGGAAGAUGAAAUAAUCGUUCAAAAGUUUCUGGAGAAGCAGAAUGAACUUUGUUACAAGAAAUCGCUUGUGGACCGACAGAUGCUGCCAGUCUGGGGCCACAUGGAAAUUAUCUUGGAGGCAGUCAGACAACAUCAGGUGGUGGUGAUCAGUGGCGACACUGGCUGUGGGAAGAGUACCCAGAUUCCCCAGUUCUUGCUUGAUGACUGGCUUUUGAGCUGGGACUCAGGCAAUACAAGGCAUGUGGAGAUAAUCUGCACACAGCCACGGAGACUGUCAGCCAUUGGGGUAGCUGAGAGAGUAGCAGAGGAACGAGCGGAAACAAUUGGCAGCACUGUUGGUUACCAGAUACGCUUGGCGAGGAAGAUGUCAUCAUCAACUCGGCUCUUGUUCUGCACGACAGGCAUACUUUUGCGGAGACUUGAAAGUGAACCGCAUUUGAGUUCUGUGUCUCACAUCAUUGUAGAUGAAGUACAUGAGAGGAGUGAACAGAGUGAUUUCCUCCUGAUGGUAUUACGGGAUCUUCUUCCUGUGCGACCAGACCUCAAAGUCAUACUCAUGAGUGCAACAUUGAAUACCAGCCUCUUCUCAAGCUACUUUGGGCAAGCGCCUACAAUUGAGAUUCCUGGCCGAACAUUCCCAGUAGAACAGCUCUUCUUGGAGGACAUCCUGGAUAAGAUGAAACAUGAGAGUAAAAAGAAUUCUGCUGACAUGACAUCUUUAGAAUGUGAAUUGGAAAUUGAUGAUAUUGAGGAGUCAACAACUGUCAUACAAAAUCCAGCCAUUUUGGAUGAGGAUCUCACCAUUAGUGAGUUAUACUGUCGUUACAAACAUUAUAGCAAGCUCACAUGCGAGACUUUGUACUUGAUGGAUCCCAGCAAGCUUGACUAUGAACUUAUAGAGGAAGUAAUCACAUGGAUAGUAACUGGUGAGCACGGUUUUCCUACAACAGGAUCUGUACUGGUAUUCCUUCCGGGCAUGGCUGAGAUUUCAACUCUUCAUGACCAGUUGAUGGGUCAUCCUGUCUUAAGUCCCCGCACUGGGAAAUUUGUGUUGAUCCCACUGCAUUCAUCACUUACUACUGAAGAACAGGCUGAAGUUUUCAAGAAAUCAGAGCCAGGUGUCCGCAAGAUUAUUUUGUCAACGAAUGUAGCUGAGACUUCACUGACAAUUGACGAUUGUGUGUUUGUUGUUGACUGCGGCAAGAUGAAGGAGAAAAGAUUUGACUCCAGCAGGAAUGUGGAAAGUCUGCAGAUGGUGUGGGUGUCUCGAGCAAAUGCACUGCAAAGGAAAGGGCGUGCUGGGCGUGUGAUGCCAGGUGUCUGCAUUCAUCUGUUCACCAGACAUCGUUAUGACUAUGAAUUCCUUGGGCAGCCUGUCCCAGAACUACAGCGUGUGCCUCUGGAACAGAUAGUACUUCGUAUUAAGACCUUGCCUUAUUUUGCAGACAAGGAUCCCCAUGAAGUUUUUGCUGGCACAUUGGAACCACCUGCAGAUAAGAAUGUGGAUUGUGCACUGCUUUGCCUGAAAGAUGUUGGUGCUCUGGAUGCAGACAAUGAGUUGACACCACUGGGGCGACAUUUGGCAACACUGCCAGUUGAUGUCAGAAUAGGCAAGUUGAUGCUGUAUGGAGCCAUCUUUUGCUGUGUUGAUUCUGCACUAACUAUUGCUGCGUGCCUCAGUUACAAAUCACCCUUUGUAACGCCAUUUACGAAAAAGGAGCAAGCAAAUAUAUGUAAGCGGGAGUUUACAGUUGGUAACAGUGAUUACUUGACUGUUCUCAAAGCUUACAAGAGGUGGCUGAAGAUCUGCUCACAGAGUCAUGAAGCUGGGCAGGUAUUUGCCAAAGAGAAUUUCCUCUCAUGGGAGACGCUAGUCACACUUGCUGAUAUAAAGCAAGAAUUUGUAGAGCUUCUAGCAAGUAUUGGAUUUAUUUCUGUUGAGCUAGGCCCUAGAGAAAGUGGAAAUGACAAUAUUCUAGGCAUCACCGGCCCUGAGCUUAAUGCAAAUGGUAACAACACCAAACUUUUGACUGCAAUCUUAUCUGCUGCUCUCUACCCAAAUGUUGUGAAAGUUCUGACUCCUGAGAAUUCAUUUAAGCAUACUGGGAUAGGCGUUCUUCCUGAAGAGUUUCGACCUGUUGAUUUACAGUUCAUGACCAGGGAUGGUGACCACGUAUAUUUGCAUCCGUCAUCCGUGAAUCACUGUGUGGCCCACUACACAAGCCCAUAUCUAGUUUAUCUGGAGAAGGUGAAAACAAGUCGUGUCUUCAUACAUGGCUGCUCACUGGUUCCUGCAUUGACACUGUUACUUUUCUCUGGAUGUGGCCUUAAAAUACAGCAGUAUGGAGAGACAUCUGUCAUUGCUCUUGAAGAUGGAUGGAUCAAAUUUGCAGUUGAUUCUCAAGAGGUAGCUGAGCUGUUACAGAUGAUCAGAAGUGAGUUUAUGGCUCUGUUGAAAGAGAAGAUUGAAGAUCCAAGCCUAAACCUCCUUACACAUGAGAAGGGCAGUUUGAUAAUAACCACCAUAAAACAGCUGGUCACUGAGGAGUAAUCCUUGUUAUGUGUUCACACAUGUCGCUACUGAGUUAAGGAAGAUGGUGUCCAUUGCUUCUUUGACAGUGUGUGAAGUGGGUUAGACACUGCAAGACUGUAUUUAUUGUAUGAGUAUUAAGAAUGUAUGAAGAACAUAAGCAAGAAAAUCCAUAAUAUUCAUCCUCUCAGAAAUUGAAUUUGGAUUCUGUGUCGCAUAAGAAACAAAUGACUGAUGCUGAAUUUCUGAGCUGAUUGUAAUGUCUAGGCAUGGUCAAAAAGUCAAAGAUUUUUUGUGAUUUAGUUUUUUUAGUUCACCAUCUCAGUGUUUCUAGGAGGCAGAGAUGGUAUUGCCUUUGAAAGGAAGAAGUGAUUUUAGGAGACAGCAUGUACAUAUUGUUAAUAGUAGUCUGCUUACAUUGUAAAUAGAGAAUAUUUUUGUCAUUUUAUUUGUUUGUGCACAUAUAAAGAAUUGAACUUCUCUUCACUGAGUUCUAUUUAAUGUUUUUGAACAAACUGAAUAUAAAGGUUUUCUUCAGAGAUAUGAAGGAGACCAAACUCUGCAUUUGGAGGCAGACCCACUGAUUUGAUGUGCCGGGACAGCACUCUGCUGAUACAGUUGAAUAUAAUCCCAACAUAGGGAAGGAAGGCAAUUGAGCCCGGUUUAUCUUCUGGCCGGCUGAUGUUGGGCCGACAGUUGAGAACUCUAUGGAUCUGUCGGUUGUUUUAUCCAUUCUUCCUGAAUAUAUCCCCCAGGAGCACCAACUCCGUAUGUAGGCUGGCUUGAUCACACAGUGCUCUAGCCCUGUGCACCAAUGUGUAAAGUGCAGUUUGCUUGUUGGAAGGGUGGUGGUGGGGCGCAGCGUUAAGGUAGAGG